CUUGGUUCAAGUUUUAAAAGCGGGCGGAUCACUCAGAAUAAGAUGAAACGAAUCGGUUACUUGUUGGUCCUCCCGUAUUUUCCGUCGAUAUAUGAGUUUUCCAUUCGAGUGGGACGCUCCGAAACUGUUCAUGGUGGAAUAUAUUCAGGUUUUUGAGCAUUUCAUUAGAGUGGUUUCGGAGUUGGAAUGGGGAUCGUAGAGACAUUGCAAUAUUUGGAAUCAUCUAGAAGAAUUGCUUCAGUUAAUGAUAGUCAUUCUGAGGGAAGAUUAGUAGGUAUGCCCAUGGCUAAUGGGGAGUGCUCUAUCCGUACCCAGUCACCUAAGUUAAAGAGGCGCAAAAUCUCCGCUGUUCGUGAUUUUCCCCCGGGGUGUGGACGAUUUGGUCAGUUAAGCAAUUUGGGACCUGAUAAGGAGGCCGCUUCUGUGGGUACUUUAUUGACUGCACUGACAGAAAGUUUGGUUAGUGGGGGUAAAAAUGGUGAUGGACGUGGUGCUGAAAAUCUGAUGCCCUCAACUGGUCAGGUAGAUGAUACUGUUUUGAUUAGUGGUAACGUUGUUAGUACUGGGGAGACAGUUGAAUCUUUAACAGCCUUAGAGCAUGAAAUAUAUGAUUCGUUGAAGAUCCAACAUCAGCUUGGUGCUGCUGCUCCAGAGGAGGAGAUAGUUGCUGUUCUGCCUGAUAGAAAUAUUUGUUCACCACCUGACAGAUCCAUCUCUAUUUCUAAAGGCAAUCUUCUGGAGAAGACUGCAGUUAAAAAAUAUCCUCCUCGAAGAAAAAUAUCAGCUGUUCGUGACUUACCUCCUCUGUGUGGAAGAAAUGCUUCCCUGGAAGCGAGGAAAUUUGGUCAAGAAAAAUCGCUUAUGGAUGGUGAACCAUCAUCAUUGAACACAGUGAAGACUAAUGUGAAGCAAACAUGUGAGGAUAUCCAUGAUGAAGAGUUUCACAAGAGUGAAUAUGUAGAGAAUGUAUUAGAAAUAAGUGGAUCCGAGGUUCAACCAAAUUGCAAUGGGCAUGUUGUACAAGAAAUGGAGAGAGAAGAUGAAUAUAAAGUAAAUUCGAAGAUGAACGUGGUUUUGGAAGGUACAAGAAAAACAUGCAUUGAACCUUCUCAAAAAAGUAACGGAUGUCUAUGCACGAAGGACGUUGAGCAUUCAGAGGAGAAAGUGGAGGACGAGACGGAGGUAUACCAAGCGGAGAAAAGUACGAGUGAAAAAUGUCUGGAAGUAUCUUAUUAUAAUAACCAAUUGCACGAAGAAGAUUUUGUAUGUUCGGAACCUACAUCGAAUAGUGAGAUUGUGUUGGGUUUGAUGGCUGCGUCAAAUUGUCCAUGGAGGAAGGGAAAAGGUGUUUUUAAGCGUAAAUCAGAAGGCGGUAUGAGUGAAAGAAAACCUUCUCAACAAAGCAAUGGAUGCCAAGGCAUGGGGGAUAUUGGAAUUUCAGAGGAGACAGUGGGGACGGAGAUGGUGGUAUACCAAGCGAAUAAAAGUCCGGGUAAAAAAUGUAUAGAUGUAUCUUAUUGUCAUAAGCAAUUGCACAAAGAAGUUCUUGGAAUUUCAGAACGUACUAUGGAUAGGGUGGUUGUGCUGGGUUUGAUGGCUGCGUCAAACUGUCCAUGGAGGAAGGGAAAAGAGGUCUCCAUGCGUAAACCAGAAGAUGGUGCAAGUGAAAGUAAACCUUCUCAAGAAAGCAAUGGAUGCCAAGGCACAGGGGGUGUUGGACAUUCAGAGGAGAAAGUGGGGAAGGAGAUGGUGGUAUACCAAGUGAAGAAAAGUCCAGGUGAAAAAUGUAUAGAUGUAUCUUAUUAUCAUAACCAAUUGUACAAAGAAGUUCUUGGAAUUUCAGAAUGUACUAUGGAUAGGGUGGUUGUGCUGGGUUUGAUGGCUGCGUCAAGCUGCCCAUGGAGGAAGGGAAAAGAGGUCUCCAUGCGUAAACUAGAAGAUGGUGCAAGUGAAAGUAAACCUUCUCAAGAAAGCAAUGGAUGCCAAGGCAUGGGGGCUGUUGGACAUUCAGUGGAGAAAGUGGGGAAGGAGAUGGUGGUAUACCAAGCGAAGGAGACCCUGGGUGAAACAUGUUUGGAAAUAUCUUAUUAUAAUAAUCAAUUGCACAAAGAAGAUUUCGAAAGUUCGGAACUUACUUCAGAUACAGUGGUUGUGCUGGGUUUGAUGGCUGCAUCUAAUUGUCCGUGGAGGAAGGGAAAAAGGGUCUCCAAGCACAAAGCAAAAGGUGGUACAAGUGAAAGUGAACAAAACACACUUGAUUUGAAAUGCCAACUAGAAGGACCCAAUACUGUGUUGACAAAAGUUGACUCAGACAUUGGAAGAAAGUCUGUAAAGAAGAUUUUUCGUAAAGCACGAAAGAGUGCUUAUCAAGGUACAAGUCUGUUCUGGGAUGAGGAGUAUUCUCUCGAGCAUGACCCAGAGGAUCUUCAUGUGACUCCAAGAUCAUGUUAUUCAGAUGUAUCCCCUCAUCUGUUUAGUCCUAGUAGUACAACUAGUAAAAAUCAUGAGAACAACGCAAUUGUCAACCGACACAUGGUGAAGGAGACAUUGCGUCUGUUCCAGGCUCUUUGUAGGAAGCUCUUGCGGGAGGAAGAAGGUAAGUCAAAGGAAGGAGGAAUUUCUCGCCAAAAAAUUGAUUAUUCAGCUUUAAAGAUCCUCAAGGAUAAAGGAAAAUAUGUAAAUAUGGGCAAACACAUUGGAGCUGUCCCGGGAAUUGAAGUUGGUGAUGAGUUUCAUAACCGAGUGGAACUUACUAUUGUUGGCCUUCAUCGGCUGCCUCAGGGUGGUAUAGAUUAUGUGAAUCAUUGUGGCAAGAUCCUUGCAACUAGUAUCAUUGCAUCUGGUGGCUAUGCUGAUGAUUUGAAUGAUUCAAAUUCCUUGAUUUAUACAGGCCAAGGAGGAAAUGUGAUGAAGACUUAUAAGGCCGAAGAUCAGAAGCUUGAACGGGGAAAUCUUGCUUUGGAGAAUAGUCUGCAUGAAAAGAAUCCUGUUAGAGUGAUUCGUGGUUCUGAAUCCUCAGAUGGAAAGAGUAAGACAUAUGUAUAUGAUGGACUAUAUUUGGUAAAGAAACGUUGGCAGGAAUUGGGGUCUCAUGGUAAGCUUGUUUUCAAGUUUCAACUGGACAAAAUUCGAGACCAAGAGCUUGCUCGGAAAGAAGUGAAGAAGUCCAAAAUAAUUCAAGUUCAGGAAGGUCUCUGCAUUGACGAUAUUUCGCUAGGGAAAGAGUCAAUUCCUAUUUCUGCUGUGAAUACCAUAGAUGAUGAGAAACCUCCAGCAUUUGUAUACAUAACUAGCAUGCUAUAUCCUGAUUGGUGCCGUCCAAUUCCUCUCAAGGGUUGCAGCUGUAUUGUUGAAUGCUCAGAUUCUGAGAAAUGUUCUUGUGCAGUUCAGAACGGAGGUGAGAUCCCGUAUAACUUUGACGGUGCUAUUGUUGAAGUAAAGCCCCUUGUGUAUGAGUGUGGUCCUUCUUGCAAGUGCCCUCCGUCUUGUUAUAAUAGAGUUAGUCAGCAUGGUAUCAAAUUUCAGCUUCAAAUUUUUAAAACAGAAUCAAGGGGUUGGGGAUUGAGAUCACUAAAUUACAUUCCUUCGGGAAGUUUUAUAUGUGAGUAUAUGGGAGAGCUUCUUGAAGAGGAGAAAGCUGAAGAAAGAAUUGGUUAUGAUGAGUAUCUGUUUGAUAUUGGGAAUAACUACAAUGACAAUAAUCUUUGGGAUGAACUUUCAACCCUCAUGCCCAAUGCGCUGUCAAGUUCUUUUGAAGUUGUGUACGAUGGUAAAUUCACCAUUGAUGCAGCAAAGUAUGGAAAUGUGGGAAGAUUUAUUAACCAUAGUUGUUCCCCUAAUCUUUAUGCCCAAGAUGUUCUUUACGAUCACAAUGACAAUAGAAUUCCUCAUAUUAUGUUCUUUGCCGCUGAAGACAUUCCCCCGAUGAAAGAGUUGACUUACCAUUACAAUUAUACGAUAGAUUCGGUUUAUGAUUCCAAUGGCAAUAUAAAGAAGAAGAGUUGCUAUUGUGGUUCGCCGGACUGUACUGGCAGGCUGUACUGAGGCAGACUUGAGAGGAGAAUUUUGGGUUACUCGAAAAAGGUUAAAGUGUUGGUAAGUUGCUGGGUGAAUAUUGAAACAUCUGCGGACGAGGAGCUUGCAUUGACAACAGUAUUUUUUCAAGGGCCAAGGGCUCAUGGCAUGGUGCAAGAUUUACAUUUCAAACAAUUUUGAUCCGAAAAACGAAAGGGCAAGAGAGAAGUCGGAAGGAUGGGCAUUCGGAGGCGGAUUUGAAUAGCUUGUGGUUCGCUUCAUGGACCUAGUAAUCACACGUACAGGUCUUGAGUCUUGAGUUCAAUAAAGCUGGUUAUUGUGCUUUGGAUUGAAGCUGGUGACGCUGACGUUGGCUGUCAAUAGAUAGAUGGUAGGACUCUCUCUUGUGAGUUCGCUGCCGCAUACGGCGGCCUCACCCCCAAGAAUUAGUCCUUCAGGAGACGUGUGUACUCUCAGUAUCCCGAAAAUCCAAUUAAUUAGUCCUUUGUUGCUGAUGCUAUCGCUAGUGUGGGAUUAUCGAUUUCUGAUAGCGUAUUUAGGAUAGAGCUAUUCUUAUCGUUGCUUCAAAUGCUUUAUUAUUCGACUGUACUGGAAAUGAUUGUACUAAGCGUUUCGUAGCCAGGGAAGCAUAAAUGCAAUGUUUGGAUACUGGUGAUUGGGUUCCA